CAUCAUUUCGCUCCCUUCUUUACACAUAAUCACUCUAUCACUUCAACAGUAACGGUGAAAUGUCCUUCUUUAGUGCUCGUUUGUUCACGAAACGUUUCAUCCAGUCGUUUAGAAGCAGUGGCACAGCUAGAGUGCUAUUGGGAGCUUCUCUGGCCACCUGUGGGCUGUUGAUUUCAAAGCCCAUCACCUUGGAUGAUAAGAUCAAGGAAUUGACCAAUUCCAUUGCGGUCGAUAAUGCUGUUGAUCCGUUUCCAAUAAAUCUCAAAUACAGUACUGACUAUACAGUUCUCGGUACCGGUGUUAGAUCUGUGACGUUUGUCAGUUUCAAAGUGUACGCCCUGGGUAUUUACGCCGCUGUUCAGGAUCUCAACAAAAUACCAACGGUUUUGGACUCGAACUUCUUGUCAAGUGCAUUCAUUGACACUGAUUCUACAAAGAGCCACAGAGAAAAUGUCUUUAAAGCUCUGAAUGACAAGGAGAAAUCCAAGGUUCUCGUCUCAAACUUGUUGGACUCAAAUAUCAGAUUGGUUGCUAGAAUUACACCAAUUAGAAACACCGAUUUUAACCAUCUCAGAGAUGGGCUGGUGAAGUCCAUUUUGGCUGCUAAAGUCCAAGACGAAACUUUGGAUAAAGGUUUGCAGCAGUUGAAGGAGGCAUUUCUCCGCAAAGGAUCCGUUGCAAAAAACAGUAACCUUGUCUUGGAAAGACUAGGCGACGGCCAAUUGCAGCUCUACUUUGAAAAUACAAAGACCGGUGAACUUGAAACUUUGGGUCGAGUCCAAGAACCAAUUGUUUCCAAGGUUCUCUUCCUCCAAUACCUAUCUGGAGGCUUGAGUCCAAGUACAAGAGAAUCCUGUAUUGAAAAGAUCUCUCAAUUAGUUUAAACACAAGUACACAUUGACACACAAAAGUACAUAUCCUAAGUUAUUUAUUCUUCAAACUGAUCUUUGAAGCGAAGGUUCAAAUGGCAUCAGUGCUGUAAGGAUUGAAAGACAACCAAUAAGUCCGCCGCAAACCCAAAUAGGAACCGAGGUCCCAGUUUUCCCUCCAAAGUAGUUGAUAACUGGAGCAAAUGCACCGAAUAUUCUGCAGAUAAGCAUGGAGAAGCCAACACCGGUGCCUCUUGCCUUCGUUGGGAACACUUCUGGAGUAUAUGCGUACAAAGUUCCAUAGUAAAUGUUCACAAAGAAGUAGGUGGC